UUGGUAUAUUAUAGGCAGACCCCGCGAACCAGUCAUUUUUUUUACAUAUCGACAUCUAGCGUUGUGAGUGACGGAUGAAGUGUUAAAGUUCUCCGACAGGGGGUGCAUCAGGCGACUUGUAAAUACGAUUGACUUAGUUUCAAGACCCUAGUCAGUUGAUGUCUCGGGGAAGUGGCGUUGGCAGGUGAUAUGCUUUCUCAUGCAAGCUAAAUGGUUAGGUCUCAGGCCUUUGAAGGUUUCAGGUAGCUGAGAGUGGACACUGGACCAACAGUUUGGCAGUGAAUGAACUUUAAGAAGUGUUAAGCUGGAACAGUAUUCACAAUGGUGGUGGCAAUUGGAUUUGAGGGUUCUGCAAACAAGAUUGGAAUUGGAAUAAUCAAGGAUGGUGUGGUUCUUUCAAACCCCCGCCACACUUACAUAACUCCUCCUGGUGAAGGGUUUCAACCAAGUGCCACAGCAAGACAUCAUCAGGCCCAUGUUUUGGAUGUCCUUCAGGAGGCUUUAGAUUCAGCAAAGGUUGCCCCCACUGACAUCGAUGUGGUGUGCUACACCAAGGGGCCGGGCAUGGGGGCGCCGCUGGUGUCGGUGGCGGUGGUGGCCCGGACCGUGGCCCAGCUGUGGCAGGUGCCCAUCGUGGCUGUGAACCACUGCAUCGGCCACAUCGAGAUGGCGCGCCUGGUGACGGGCGCCGACGACCCCACGGUGCUCUACGUCAGCGGGGGGAACACGCAGGUGAUAGCAUACUCGCAGCGUCGCUACCAGAUCUUCGGCGAGACGAUCGACAUGGCGAUCGGCAACUGCUUCGACCGGCUCGCUCGGCUCCUGAAGCUCUCCAACGACCCCAGUCCCGGCUACAACAUCGAGCAGAUGGCCAAGCGGGGGAAGCGACUCAUCCGCCUGCCGUACACCGUGAAGGGCAUGGACGUCUCGUUCAGCGGCAUGCUCUCCUUCAUCGAGGAGCGCCUGGCCAAGUGGCUGGCUGGCGAUUACACGCCAGAGGAUGUGUGCUUCUCGCUGCAGGAGACCGCCUUUGCGAUGCUCGUCGAGACGACUGAGCGGGCCAUGGCGCACACGGGCAGCCAGGAGGUGCUGAUCUGCGGCGGCGUCGGCUGCAACCUGCGCCUGCAGGAGAUGAUGCGGCUCAUGUGCGAGGAGCGCGCCGCCACGCUGUUCGCCACCGACGAACGGUUCUGCAUCGACAACGGCGCGAUGAUUGCCCAGGCGGGGUACGUCAUGUUCCGGUCCGGCACCACGACGCCUCUGGACGAGACGUCCUGCACGCAGAGGUACAGGACGGACGCAGUAGAAGUGACGUGGAGGGAUCCGUAAUGGUGCGCUGCCCGUCGCAAGACAUUGCCAUCUUCACUGUGAUCAUCACGAGCGGUGUCGUUCUGACCGCCCUAAUAGAGUCACGUUUUGGUUGA